UAAAGUAACCCUGCGAGAUGUAUUGGAAACUGUUUGUGACGUUGCUUCCGCAUCUGCUCGUUUGCAACAGCCUGGCUAAACCUGUUAUUUACGAGGCUGUCGAGGGCGAUGUCGUCGCCGUUGGCUCGCUCAUUCGCGAGAUACGCCAACCGGCGCCGUUAAGAGUUGUUACGGAAGUCGAGGAUCUAAUGAGCGCCGGUAACGCACCGCAGUCACGAGACAAUAAGAAACGCAUGAAAAACGCAUCCGGCAAAUCAGACGAGGGCGGUUACUACAGAACCUACGGGAGCGAUGCAGAGGGGGAGAAGGGUUACUUGAAGGAAACCUUCGGUAAAGGUGAUCAAGGUUACAAGACUCUCGACACCUUCCACAAACAGGACGGCGACAAGUACGAGUUUCAAACGCAAACCACGUACGGCAAGGAUUUCGAGAAUAAGGAGAAGGAGAAAAAGAAGGAAGAAAAGAAUAGUGACCACGAGGGUGCAGGCACUAUGGUCGAUACGGACUACGCCGCCGACGAGGGAGAUCACAGCGAAUACUCGCACUAUACUGGAAGCGAUGACGGAGGUCACUAUAGCGAACACUACUCGGAAAAAGAGCCAGAAUCAAGUUACAGCCGCGGCGAAAAAUACUCGUCUGGAAGCGAUGACGACGGAUCUUACGAGACACACAGCUCUUAUAGUUCCGACGGUGAUGGAGAGAAGGAUGAAGAUCAUUAUUAAAAUUUUAAUGACGAUACGAAUGUAUGGUAUUUAUUGUGCAACAUAAAUGGAGAGAAGAGAAUAUUUUCUGCUUAACUGUUAUUGAAAACACGUAUAAUAUUUUUUAUUGCGCGUGUAAAAAUACGUUAUUAUUGAAACUAUCGAAAUGUGAUAUUA